UUUCCAACAUGGCUGACAGCGUCCAAAGCAUCGCAAUCGCAGCGGUGUUGAAACAGUAUUGUUGACAUCAUUAAUCCCGUUUUUAAUGCACUGACAUAUUCCAUUGUCUGCGAAGAUGAAUAUGUCAGUCGAGAAGAAAAAAUAUCCCUCGGCACUACCAACAAAUUGGCCGACCAGAGAUGAUUCCGUAAGAAAUAAACCACAAAAUCAAGUUCCAGCAACACCGAAAGUUGACGUUUACAGUUAUUACAGCCGUGGUGUGAGAAAUAAUUUGUCUCUCCAGCCACCGAUUCGACAGACAGCUUCAAUUUUCAAACAACCUGUAACCAUUUACAAAACUCAGGAAGGAAAAGUAAAAGACAUAAAGCAUGGAAACCAGGAAAAACCAAAACAGGAGGGAGCUGAGAAAACAGAUGGCAAGUAUGGCUCUCAAGAUAAACCUAAACAGUUGUUCUGGGAGAAACGUUUGGAGGGUAUGAGAGCUUGUGAUCCUGACGGUUAUGAGUUCGAAGCAAUGGAUCUCCCAAAAACAUUGAAACCUGUUGGCCCUUACAUCACCGAAGAGACUCUUUUACAAAGUGUUGCUACAGCUUUACACCUAUCCUCGCAGCCUGUCACCGGACAAACACAAUCGAAAUCUAAUCUUGAGAAAAAUCCUGGUGUAUUUCUCAAUCCGGAUCAACCUCUCAUUCAGGCUGUUUCAAUAAUGGACGAAGACAUCAAAAAGCAAGAAGAUCGAGUGGCAGUAGCAAGAAAAAAGCUUGAAGAUGCGUUACGAGCAAUAUCUGCAACGCUGUAAAAAAAAAACUUUUAACCUUAUAACUGAAAAGUGUUUAAUUUUAGUGAGAAUAAUUUGCAAAGUACGCGUGAAAAGAAAAAAAAUCAUCGGGAUCGACUUUCCCCGUUCGUUGCACGAAUGCACCGAAAUCAUUGUCGAUUUUAGUUGCAUCUUUCGACUUUUGUUUUCUUCUGUACACACGUUAGUCAUAAGAGUUCCUUCCGCUAUAAACGUAAAUAUAAAUAUCGAUAGGUUAUUUAAGUAACUUUUUUUUAAAUAAAUUUUUCCAAAACUCGGUAAA